CAUUUCGUGCGAAAUUCAAUUUUUCAAUAUCCUUUAUUGACCGAAGAUAUUUUACAAGCCCCCACUAGCACCCCCUCCCUCUCAUCUCUUGGCCUCUCACUUGAAUCUCUCCACAAGGCGUACAAAUCACAAACACGUACAAUUCCUUUUGUUCUCCUCUUCGCUCUCUCUCUCUUCAAACUCUACGUUCUUCGUCAAGAAUCAAUUAUGAAAGGAGGUAAAUCAAAGACUGAAACCAGGAGCUCCAAGCUCUCUGUGACCAAGAAGCCGGCUAAAGGAGCAGGCCGUAGCAAAGCGGCUGCGAAGGAUCCAAACAAACCAAAGAGGCCAGCCAGUGCCUUCUUCGUUUUCAUGGAAGAUUUCCGUGAGACUUUCAAGAAGGAACACCCCAAGAACAAAUCUGUUGCUGCUGUUGGAAAAGCUGCUGGAGACAAGUGGAAAUCCUUGUCAGACGCUGAGAAGGCUCCUUAUGUUGCUAAGGCUGAGAAGCGCAAGGUUGAUUACGAGAAGAACAUGAAAGCAUACAACAAGAAACUGGAGGAAGGUCCAAAGGAAGAUGAGGAAUCUGACAAGUCAGUGUCAGAGGUCAAUGAUGAGGAUGAUGCUGAGGAUGGUAGUGAUGAGGUAUAAUCAAAUGUAGGAGGAGGACGAUGACUAAGAAGUUCAAGUUUGGUAGCAUUAGUAUAGAUGGCUGCAAGAUCUCUCUGGUUUUUAUCUUUUCUUAAAAUGUUAAUGAGGCUGAUUAUAAUGGGUCUUUGUUUUUAUAAUCUUUUCUUUUCGUUUUGGUAUUUCCACACAACCUCCCCACUGUAUGGAGAAAGUGAAUUGUAGAAUGUUUAGAUGGUGGAAAGAGAGACUUGCAGCUCUGUACUCUUAUGCUCUAUAUAACGAUUCACUUUUUAUACCUUUUCUCAUUUUUCCAAUUUUAUGUAUGAUGUUAAAUCUAUCA